GCUGGUGGGAUGAAAUAAUGAACCCCUCCGGCCAUCCACAAUGAGAAGUGCUCGUUUUGGAUGAAACAGCAGAGUGGGGCGAAGAGGUAUAGUGCUUGGGAAGGAUGCAGGCUGAGCCGUGGUAAGCGCCUUGUGGAACGUGAUAUGCCUGUCAAAUGGAGAAUCAUCAGCCUCAGCAGAUCCUUCCAAAACAGUCCGCGAUGGGUUAUGGAUCAGCUAUGGGGAUUCCAAGUAACGGUCAAUUGAGUAGCCCACGGAUUAGGGGCGGAAUGGUUGGGAUUUCUGACCCGAGAAUGAAUAACUCACCAGUCCAUAAUUCAGCUUUGCAAGGUGGAGGGCUUGGGAUGGUUGGUUUGGGGUCUAAUGGAUCUCCAGCCGUUCCAUCGGAUGGACUCUCUAAGAGCAACGGGGAUACAUCUUCAGUGGUCUAAUGAAUAACUCACCUGUUCCUUACGUGUUUAACGGGGGUUUGAGGGGUCGGAAUGCUGCUCUGGAGAAGGUGGUUGAAAGGAGGCAGAGGAGGAUGAUAAAGAACAGAGAGUCGGCUGCAAGGUCACGAGCUCGUAAGCAGCACAGUUGUAUUGUGAUAGGCGGUCUAGUGUGACGAGACAUGAAAGUUACUCUUCAUGAGACGCUUAGAGAUCUCAUUUUGCACAAGGCUUACACCAUGGAGUUGGAAGCAGAAGUUGCUAAAUUAAAGGAGGAAAAUGAACAAUUGCAGAAGAAACAGGCGGAGAUAAUGGAAGUGCAGAAGAAUCAGGCGCUGGAGAUGGUGAAACAGCAGAGUGGGGCGAAGAGGCAGUGCUUGAGAAGGACACAAACUGGGCCGUGGUAAGGGCCACGUGGAACGAGAUACGUCUGUGUAAAUAGUACAUAGAAUACGACGUGGUUCAUGUUGUUGUAGAUGAGUAUAGAGAGAGUUAGAGGAGUAGCGCUUCUUCGCCUUAGGAUGCAUAUCUCAUGUUUCGAUGGAAUGUAGGUGGAAAAAGUUUUACAAAGGAAGGGUAGUCGAUUAGGUACAAAGAUUGGUAGAGUGCUGUUCCCAACUCCCAAAGUGUCGUGUUUCUCAUGUUCGUAUUCGUGUUCGUGUUGACAUAGAAUAGAUUACAGUUUAUUUAUAUAUUUACAUUGUUUGUGAGUUACUUUUUCUGUUUUUGAUGGCUUCUUCAAAAUUCUUAUGAUCAUUUUUCACUA